UCUAAAGUUUUAAUUUUAAUGUAAAAGGAGCCCUCUCUCUCUAAACUCUAAAGAAAAUAAUGUUGAGAAAUUGUGUGAACCCAAAAUCGAUCUCCAAGCCUAAUAUAAAAUCAUGUAUUUACUCUUUUUAUCUUAAGAGAGGAAGUGCGAGUGGAGGGAGGGAAGAAGGAAGAGCUCCUUCGACGGCGGAGGAGUUCACAAGGCAAGGUGUUGCUAGCCAAACAGUGGAGAAGGCUUACGACGGAGCUGCGGCGGCAGUAAACGUCUCCGGUGAUUCUGAUGAGGCGAAGGUGAAGAAGGUGAGAAAGGCGUUUCAAGAGAAGAAAGACAAUUACAAGAAGGGAAAUGAUGAUGAUAACGAUGGUUUGCCUAUCAAUACGGCUAAGGGAAUAUAAAAGCAUAUACUAUACCUUUUUUAUAACGUUAAUAUCGUAUAUUAGAUAAUUAGAACAUUAACAUAUUUGCAUGUAUAUAUGUGUAAUAUUGUAGUGUAAUCUGUAGUGUGUAUAUAGAAGAAUGUUGCGUUUCUUUUUUACUAAAUAAUAUCCCGUGCAUUUGCACCGGAUAUUGUAUAAUAGAAUGUAUUAAUUAAUUUAAA